AUGGCCCCCGGCAUACUUGAACCCCCCGGCAUAGCGACUGCCGAAUCACGGCCCUCGAAAAAGCUCAAGACAGGUGCAGUGGCAACAGGCGACAACGACGACGAAGAAGUCGCUGCAGCGGCCGCGGUCCCCUCACAUCCCUUGGGCAUCAAGCCGGCCGGCAAUGCAUAUACCGCCCGCGAGAACAUCAAGUCGAGAUGCGGCCUCUUUGCCUGCCUGCCCGAUGAGCUGCUCAGCCACAUUCUUGAGUCAUUCGAAGCUGAUGUUCUAGUACGCCUGGGCAGUACUUGUCGUGCGCUGUAUGCCUACACCAGGUUGGACGAAUUGUGGAGAGCCUUAUUCGUCAACUCUCCAGCCGACGACUUUGAGUGGCGCGGAACCUGGCGAGCGACGUAUCUCAAGAUACCCAAGGAGCACGUCACGUCGAUUCCAUGUACAAACCUCUUCUCAGACACGCUGUACCGCCCUUUUCAAUGCGCUCACACGCCACUCAACCCCUACGCACAAAAUAUCCCAAAGCACAAUGAAAUUGCGCGCCUGUCGGAUCUGACGUACCAAGAGUAUGCCGAGGCUUGGGUGAACAAGCCCUUUAUCCUCACCACACCGGUCAAGCAAUGGCCCGUCUACGGCACCUGGACACCAGAGUACCUGCUCGAGAAGUUUCCAGAAACCAAGUUCAGGGCGGAAGCGGUCGACUGGCCCAUGAACAAGUACAUGCCGUACAUGGGCGAUAGUGCCGACGAGUCACCUCUGUACCUGUUUGACCGCGCCUUUGCGGAAAAGACUGGCAUCGACACUUCAGCAGCGCCGCACUCGAGCGAGGCGGCAUACUGGAGCCCGGAGUGCUUUGGCGAUGAUCUCUUCAGUGUUCUCGGCGAGCACCGCCCCGACUGCCGCUGGAUGAUCAUGGGCCCAAAGCGCAGUGGCUCGACAUUCCACAAAGACCCAAAUGCCACCUCGGCCUGGAACGCUGUUCUCACGGGCAGCAAGUACUGGCUCAUGUUCCCGGCCGGUCCGGGCAUUGAACCUCCGCCAGGCGUCAUUGUCUCGGACGACCAGUCUGAGGUUACAUCUCCACUUAGCAUUGCCGAGUACAUGCUGACCUUCCACGACUUGGCUCGCCAAACGCCCGGCUGCAGAGAGGGCAUCUGCUACGCGGGCGAAGUGUUGCAUGUACCCUCUGGCUGGUUCCACCUAGUGCUGAACCUGGAAGAUAGCUUGGCGUUGACGCAGAAUUUCGUCCCACGGAAGAAGCUGCCGGACGUGCUAGGCUUCCUUCGCGACCAGAGAGCCGAAGUGAGUGGCUUCACCGAAGACGUUUGCGACCGGGCAUAUGAGCUGUUUGUGCAAAAGCUGAGUGAGCAGCACCCAGACCUCCUCGAGCAAGGUCUCGCCGAGCUGGACAAGAUGAAGACGAAGAGUAGGGGGAAGUGGGAACAGUUGACCAAGGGAGAUGGUGACGCGCAAGAAGCCGGGGGAUUCAGCUUUGGCUUUGGCGGAGACGACGACGACGCUGAUAUUCCUUGA